GCUCAAGUGGAGACCCAGCGGAAACCCCUCCAGCUUGGCGUCCCCGCAAUGCGAUUCUUUCUCUUGGCGGCUUUGGCCGCGUGCUGCAAUGCAGAAUGCCACAGCGAGGAAGCCUGUGCUGAGCACAGCCUUGAGGAAGUCGAGCACAUAAGGACUGAGCUGCUGCAGAAAAGUUUGACACGCAUAGCCGGCAAGACGGAGGAGCCCAACCUUCAUGACUUGCAGGUGGAAUCCUUCCAGGCCGAGUCUGCGAACCGCGAGGCGCUGCGGCGGCAGUCGGAGGCCAUGGCUGCGGAGGCCAGGGCCGAGGAGGCCCUAAAGGCGAAGAAGCCAGAAAACAAGGAGGAGAAGGGCGAGGUCAAGGGGAAGAAGCACCACCACCACAGCAACCAGAACAAGCUGCUGGAGGAAGCGAUGAUCCCGGCGGGCGCCUUCGUGUCAGGACUGCUGCUGCUAAUGUGCCAGCAGACCACCGCCGGCGUUCUGGCAGUUUACUUCGGCGCACAGGCGGGGUUCAGUCUCUACAUGAAGGUGGUCCUCUCCAGCACGACCAUCUCACAGGAGCUGGGCCUGGAUGGCAUCCCUGCGGGCUUCCUGGUGACUGCCAUUCAGCAGGUGGUAGCCUUUGCCGUGUUGGCAACCAUCGUUUGCGUCCUCUUCCCCACGCCUUUCCGCUACACGCCGAGGAAGCUGAACUCGUGGUCAGAGGUCGCCUGCGUCAUCCUUUUUUCCUUCGCCUUCUCGGUGAACAUCGGGCUCAACAACUUCAGCCUGUCCUUGCUGGCAGUGUCGCUGAACAUGAUCAUCAGAUCUUGCCUGCCGCUGGUGACUUUGGUCUUCCAGCAGAUGCUGGGCCCCUGCUGGCCGGAGCUGGCCGGCCGUGUCCGGGUGGCCGAGGUCUUCCUCAUGGUGGCAGGCGUCAUCUUCGCCGCAGUGGCGACCUUGGCAAAGAGCCAGGGCUCGCAGCAAUCGGAGUCCAAGCACCUGGGGGUGGGCGUUCUCUUCUGCUCCCUGUCAGAUGUUGCAUGCGCCAUCAAUUUGAUCCUGGCGGGCAUGUUCGGGAACGUCCUAAAUCCGCCGCUGAAUCCGGUGGACACCAUCUUCUACAUGGCCCUCCCGUGCGCCUUGUUCCUGCUGCCCGCCUCCUUGUGGGUGCUGCACCCGGUGGAUUGGCCCAACUUCGGGGACGUCAGCGACCUGCAGGUGCUGAAGAAGGUCAUGGAACUGAGCCCCAGCACCGUGAUGUGGGUCAUCCUCUCUGGCGGCAUUGCGGCAGGCUACAACGUGCUGCAGUAUACCGUCGUGCAACGAUUGUCUGCUAGCCAUGCUGCCUUCGCCGGCAACUUCAACAAAGCAGCCACCAUUUUGCUGUCCAUUUGCAUGGGCUUGGAAACUCUUCCUGGAGGAAUUUGGACCACAGUGAUGAUGUUUGCCAUCAUCGGCAACAUCGGCGCUUUCACGGGCUACAGCCUCCUGAAGUCCAACGAGAAAGCCCUGAAGCGGGCCGAGAGCGAGGCGGAGACCGAGGCCAAGACUGGAUGAGCUGUCGGAGACAUAGCUCACAAUCCUUCAGGCCAGGCAUGGAGUGUCUUUUGGAGCCGAAAGCGGCUCAUAGGCAACGCAGCUGGGAAGUUUCACAGGCCGGAUAGUCGGAUAGGUCGCAGUUGAGCUCUCAAACCCCUAGUGUCAGAGUGAUCAGUCAGUGCGACACAGCUCUGGCAAUAGAUAUGCCGAGUUGUCAGCAUUUCGCCCGCGUGGAACCAGCUGCCUUGCGUUGCAUGGGCUUUCAGUGCUUUUAGCGCUUGAGCUUCUCCAUAUAUGUAAGUCUCACACGACAGCUCC